AUGGCGAAUACAUCGUCGUAUUUGGGCCACCCCGAUGGUCGCCCCGACAAGUAUCGCACCCCUUCGCCCCCGCGACGCGCCGUCGAGCCGAUCUCUCCCUCUCUCGACCACAGUUUUCAAGUGCCGUGGAACGAGCGCAGUGCUUUCCGCCCAUCGAGUCUCGAUCGAGCCUCAUAUGGCCAGGGAAUUCAAGGCUCUCGAGGCUCAAUUGGCGUGAAUCAGCGUCACGCUUCUCUUGAGAAACGCGGAAACCACCCAAAACCCGGCCAUGGUCACCACCGCACGAACUCAAGUAUCGAAACCCUUGCCAACAUUGCACUGGCAACCAGUCCAACGUUUCCUUCACUUCCAUAUGAACUCUCCCAAAAUACAGCCGGUGCAGGUUCGCCGCCUUUAUUCCCCUCGGCUGAAUCAGAACUGGAACGACCAACAAAACGUGCACGAUCUGAGAGAGCCAUGUCGCCCACGUCGCAGCGCGUUGAAACCCGACCAUACACCAGCCAUGUUUCCGUCCCAGAUAGUAUGAAGACUGACGCUGAGCUUCUCUUAAACUUUGCUCGACCAAGCAAUUUUCCUACGACUCAUCGCUACCCGCAAUCCAUUAACGGCUUCACCCAGCCAUACCAACAUUUUCCAAUUGAUCAGAAAUGGCCUAUACACAAUGACGCUAGCCUGAAAUUUCAGGAUACCUCAAUUCCAUGGCUAUCUAGGAAUCCCCAUUCGCCUUCACGUCUACGAUCUCAUUCGGACGGAUCCGCAGCCAUUGCGCGUCCCGUCAUUCACGGAAUGCGACCAAACACUAGUUCGUCGACGUUGCCUGCCGUCACCUGGGAGAGCGAUCAACCUCCACAAAUUGAUGCGUUUAGCUCAUACAAAUUAUCUGAGGAGCAUAACGCCGGAAUCCCAAGGCCUCAAGGUCUCCCAUCCUCUAUAGACGGAAAAUCCAUGGAUACUCUCUUGGAAGCAAAGGAAGAGGAUGGAAAGUCGGACGAGUCCACACCGGCAAGCUGUGCAGCAUGCCACCUUGUACGGAUGGGCGUCAAUGGGGAAGAUCAAGGUGAAGAUACUUGGAUCAAUUGCGAUGGCUGUGAGCGUUGGUUUCAUAUUGUCUGUGCAGGCUUCAAGAAUGAUCGUGAGGUGCGCACAGUGGAUAAAUUCAUAUGUCGAAACUGUCGGCCAGUUCACGGCCAGACCACUUUUGUCCGCAAGUCCUCUCGCGCUAGGACAGCCAUCGACUAUGCAGGUUUGAACCAGGGUCUAGUUAAGACAUCGACCGAUUCUCAUGAACAUCACUACAUUCAACCUAUCAAAGACGGCAAGAUAGAGUUUCUGCCUGAAAGCUUUCCACGCAUGAGAGCCGAGUUGGUCACUGCUGAAUUCUUUGAACGCGGCGUGGGCAUGACGGAGCCUAUAAUUAUACCAGCUGCGUUAAACCCUCGCACGUUACCCGAUACUACAGAUGAGAAGGCCGACUUUGACCAAUUACUUAGCGAAGCACAGACGCAGGAAAUGUUUGAUGAUCUCCUCGAUAAUUACCCUGGUGAGUCUGAAGUGGUCAUCGACUGUGGACAGGACGUGUUAGAUAUGGUUGUCCCUCAAGGUCUGACCGUGCGGACUGUUGCUCAACUUUACGGUCCAGAAGAAAGAGUCGAGGUGAUAGAUGUCAAGUCUCAGCAAGGAGAGGACAAGAGGUGGAAUAUGCAGAAAUGGGCAGACUACUACGAAAGCACGGGAGCAAAGGUUGUGCGGAACGUCAUCAGCUUGGAAGUGUCUCAAAGUCAGUUAGGAAGACUCAUCCGUCGGCCUAAGAUAGUACGCGACCUCGAUUUACAAGACGCUGUCUGGCCUGAGGAGUUGAAAGCAAUUGGCGAUUAUCCUAAAGUUCAAUUUUACUGCUUGAUGUCGGUGGCAGACUGCUAUACAGAUUUCCACAUUGAUUUUGGAGGAUCCUCAGUCUACUACACGAUUCUUAAAGGAAAGAAGACAUUCUUUUUCAUUCCUCCAAAGGAGAAACAUCUGAAAAAAUACGAAGAAUGGUGCAAUUCUCCAGCACAAGAUACAACUUUCCUUGGAGAACAAACCAAAGAGUGUUACCGGGUUGAUUUGGAAGAAGGUGAUACAAUGCUUAUUCCCGCUGGCUGGAUUCAUGCUGUGUGGACUCCGGAGAAUAGUCUGGUCAUUGGCGGUAACUUCCUCACGCGCAUGAACUAUGGUAUGCAGAUAAAGGUCGCGAAGAUUGAAAAAGACACCAAAGUUCCUCGAAAAUUCAGAUAUCCUUUCUUUCAAAAGAUCCAGUGGUACACGGCUUUGAAGUAUCUGAACGAUGAUCCUAUCUCAGAGCCUGUUCUGGAUGCUUUCUCUCGCAAUGAAAAUUACCGAUUCUACCGACAAUUCCCUAUUUAUUAUGAAUUUGAAGAACGACAAAAUCGUGCGGCUCCAGGGGAUGCAUAUUACAAUGCGCGCUUCUACUCCCAGGCAGAACUGGAAGGGCUGCCGCAGUUAUUGAGCUACCUCCUACGAACAGCCCUUAUUGCAGGUAACUAUUGUGUGGACGGUGUUACGAUGGAAGCUAGGAAUGCAAUCAGGCGCUCUAUUCCUAAGAUGCAAGGCGAUCCGGUUGACGUUGUCAAGAAGUUUGCCGUCUGGAUAGCUUGGAAACGAGGGAAUGAGACAGCCCCCAAUUGGAUCCAUCCCGGUGUCAUAUCCAUCAAUUUCAAGAUCGAGCAAGCAGAGAAAAGACCCGCAGGGCGACCAAGUCGACGGUCUGAGCGACAUGCAGAUGCUCAGAAGAUGUAUGCAGAACGACAAAGUCUUCAAUUGGUGCCUGAUCUGCCAUUAGAAACGCAAAGUACUGCUGGGCCAGUCUCACAGCUUCCCGAGAACAAUAUACCUGUUCCUCAGCAAACCCCUGUGGCUGUCCCUGCUGUAAAAGAAGAAGCUUCUAAACCACGAAACCCGAAUAAAGGCUCCGGUCUAGGUCCGAAGCGGGUAGCUUGUGAUGCAUGCCGUAAGAGACGAAUACGAUGCCGUCACAAGGAUGAGCAAACUGAAUCGAUCGCUAUUACCUCUCCCGAGAAGCCUAUUACUACCAAUAUGUUUGACGCAGUCGACCCAUACCGACAGUCAAUAUUAGCUCAUGACGCAGCAUCCGUAUUGAACGCAUUGGCGUCCGGUGCACUCAAGUCAAAUGUCCACGAAAAUGGGAACAAUCUGACACUCGAUCAUAUUGACGGGUAUUCUCGAAACAACGUGAAUGUUACUAUGAUGGGUAUGCCACCAGUUUCCUUUUCUCGCCCAAUGGAUACCAGCCCGAAUGGAGUUGGUAGCGCAAAGAAGGGCAGAAGCAAAGCCUGUGAUGAGUGCCGCAAGAGCAAGCGUCGAUGCAUUCAUGAUGAAUAUGGGCGAAUUGAUCCAGUCAAGGCUCAGGAACGUGCUAAACCUCGCGCAACACCAUCAGCCAAGCGCCCGAGACCGAAUGACGAUGGAUUGACUCCAAUAAUCUACAAACGGCCCAAGCCAGAUGCGCCAUUUGUCCCAUCAGAUGCUUAUCAUCCAGGUUUAGAAGGCAAUCAGCUUAUGCCAUCUGGGUUUGCCCUUCCCAGCGGUCAUGAUCUCUACAGACAUGAACAUGAAGAUUUAUCUAAUGCUCAUUCCCCGCCAGAAGAGAAAUUAGAGCAACAUCAGGCAAAGGAUGUCCCGACGGAACACGUUUCCUACGCUUCUCCGCCGGCUGUGAAGACUGAUGGAGAUACAGAGACGCUAGUCUCUGGACAGAGACAAUCCACCCACCCUACGAAUCCUCUAGUAUCACCGCCAACGUCACUCGUGGGAGAAGUGGAAGUCUCACUUGGACAUGCCAAUGAGGAGCUCCAUGGCUCCCUUGAAGGGGAUAUGGAGCUUUUGUACACGCCAACAUCGAGUUCUCGCCAUUCUUCUCGUCAGCCCCGCCAGAUAGACAGAUAUAUGCCGGAUCAAAUUCCGACCAAACCCACAGUACCACGACAAGGGUCUCGACAAACCUCAAGCGGAGCUACCAAGAUACCUACUAAACCAUCCAGUGCGCCGUCUUCCACCGCAAAGAAGCCGUUAUCCCGACCGACAUCAUCUCACAAAAAGAGCGCUUCGCCUGCAGUUGAGAAGAAGCUGACAUCAUCCCCAUCCACCACCAAGAUGGUGAAGCGAGAGCGUAACAGCUUCACGACGGACGACGCUGACCCCGAUAGCCUGCGGCUGAUCAGAGAAAUACAGGAACAAGAAUUUGGUCUUCGACGGCGCCAAGCACGAGUCUUGUGA